CAUCUCUUCAUCUCAGAGCGUCGGCCGCUCGGCUCUGCUUGCGAAACAGACACGCUUGGAACCACUCGCGACCUUGGCUCCAACACAGGCCACUGCUGCUGCUAGCAUGUCGGACGCAUCCAGCUUUCCGGCGGCGAUGCCAGGCGCAGGCCCCGCACCGCACGCCGGAUCACUGCGACCCGAGGCUAUCUCCUCCGCAGUCGCUUUUCUCACUGACCCAAAAGUCAGCAACGCACCACUUUCGCAAAGAGUCUCCUUUCUUGAGUCAAAAGGCCUCUCUCCCAGCGAGAUCGAUGCCGCCAUGGCGCAGGCUGGGGGCGGCGUCGUGGCGAGGACCACACCAGGUCCGUACCCCGCCUACAGGUUCCCAUACCCGCCGGAAGCACAACAGCUCGGCCGAGAUUGGAGGGACUGGUUCAUCAUGGCUGUUGUCUCUGGGACCAUUGGCUAUGGUAUCAUCAACCUUGCUCGGAAAUACCUGUACCCUCAUCUGCAACCACCCAAUGCGACGAUCCUCGAUUCAGACUUGGAAGCAUUGACAGCCAAGUACGACGAGGUAGCUGCACAACUCUCCGCACUCGAGCAAGAGUCGGCCGGCAUCAAGAGCGGGUUCGACUCGCAGAAAGAGCUCGUCGAGACCAGCCUCAAGGAGGUCGAGGAUGCAGUCAAGCUCGUCCGCAACGGCGAAAAGAAGCGCGACGACGACAUGUCGGACAUGAAACGAGAGGUGGACCGCAUCAGGGAUGGCAUGCCGAAGAUGUUCGAAAAGCACCGCGAGGCACAGACAUCAUCGCUGGCCGAGGUGCAAGCCGAGCUCAAGUCGCUCAAGACGCUGCUCGUGUCGCGCGGCGCUGCAGCUGCAGGGCCAAGCGGCAUCCCCGCCAUCGGGCGCACAUCCACGCCAACAUAUGGCGCAUCCAAGGAUAGCGAUGCGCUCGCCGCAUCAUCCAGCGGCAGCGCGUCUCCCGCCAAGGGGUACGCACUCCCGCCGCCCGUCAAGCCGAGCAUCCCAGCUUGGCAGCUGGCGCAACCAAAUGGAGCCGCAGGCAGCUCCAGCAAGGACUCGAACGGCACUCUCAACGGCAUCGAUCCGGCUAGCGAGAGCUCAUAGCCGUCCUUUCUCUCAUCGAGCUCCUGCAUCGCGCAUCUCGCGCACACCGCUUUGCUCGCAUCCUUGUACUGUACGCAUGAUGAAAGGCUUC